AUGGUAUCUACCAUAGGGAAUCAAACCAAAAUCAAGGAGAAGAUGACAUCAACUGGAUUGAAAGACACAUAUCUUGAAUACUUUAUCAAUGGGAUGGCAGCAUCAUGUAAGAGGCAGCAGGGAAGCAGUUCAAAGCAGGAGGCACUGGAUGUGUUCAUCAAGGGACUUCCUGAGAAUGUGUAUAGCCCAGUGUGGCACAUCAAAGGACUUAAUCCUCAUGCAGACACUCCUGUGGAGGUGCUGCACACUGUUCUUUUAGGAUUUGUCAAGUAUUUCUGGAGAGAUGUGGUGAACAUCAGGGUUGGCAAGAACAAAAUAAAGCAUGAACUUCUUGAAGCUCACCUGUCUUCAUUUGAUACAACAGGGCUAGGGAUACCACCCCUGUCUGGUCACACCCUUGUCCAGUAUGCUGGAUCAUUGGUGGGCCAUGACUUUCGUGCAAUAGCACAGGCUGCACCAUUUGUUCUCCAUGGACUUGUUCCACAAGAAUGCUAUGAGGCCUGGGUAGCAUUAUCAAAAAUGAUCCCCCUCAUUUGGAAACCAGAAAUUGAAGAUGUUGAUGCUCACUUGACACAACUUGAAAUUGCAAUUCAAGAAUUUCUUGCUCGCACUGCAUGCUGGACACCUCGCUGGUUCAACAAACCCAAAUUUCAUAUAUUGCUCCACCUUCCAGAGCAUAUCCAUUGUUUUGGUCCUGCUGCCUUGUUUGCCACUGAAGGAUUUGAGUCAUUCAAUGCAGUCAUCCAUGCCAAAAGUGUUCACUCAAACUGA